GGAUAAAUGGACUGGUGCUUAUAUAGUGAUUUUCUAUUUUCAUGUGGACUAAAGUAGUGGACUGACCAACAGACUGACAUUAACAUCAGAGCCGUGCUGCUAGUGUGGCUAAAAGAAAAGAGAAGAAGAGACAGUCAUGUUGAUAUGAACAUUAGAGAAACACAUCAUGGAGCUGAAAUAUGAUCCUGCUUCCUCAUUUGGACUCAUUCAGCUCAGCUGACACAUUCAACAGCAGACAGGUUUUUGUAGCAGUCUGUCUCACUGUGAGAGUUGCAAACAGAUACUACCCCAUCACUGGCUCUGGAACUAAACUGUAUGUAACAGAUGAGCAGGUAGUGAAGCCCGUGGUGAGCGUGUACCCAGCAGCAUCCAGAGCCCACCUGGAGGGGAACAGCUCCCUGCUGUGUGUGGCCUCAGCCAUGUUUCCUCCUCUGGUCCAGUUCUCCUGGAAAAGACAGAAGAAGAACGGCGGAGAAGCGGAGGAGCUGCCCCCUGCUGAGGGAGAGCAGCUGGAGCUCAGAGAGUCGGGACACAGCGCCUCCAUCUUACUGAUCCAUCAGCAGGAGACCAACACAUAUAAAUACAGCUGCUGGGUGAAGCAUGAGGGGGGCACAGUGGAGGCCCAAACACAACAAGAUUAUGUUCUUUCUAUGCACAAGGUAAGGCUGCUCUGCCUGCUGUACACAGUGCUGAUAGUGAAGAGUCUGGUGUACUGCUGUGGACUCUCUCUGCUGAUGAUCCGCAGAAACAAGGGAGCGUCCACCAACUGCACACAUGCUGACUGACUGUUUUCUGCUCGCCUUUUCUCACCAUCAAAUCUCAUCAAUUCAUCUCAUUCAUCACUUUGAUCAGUAUCACAAAUGUUAGUUAUGAUGUGUUGUGCUUAUUUUGCCUUUUUCUUCAAUAGUUAGAAGAUCAUCUGAAAUAAAUACAUCUUUACAUGUAUUGUUACUCUGAGUUAGAAUUCUUUUUGUACUUAUUGUGACUUUUAUUGUAGUAACAAAAAUCAUCAGGUAUAUUUUUAUCACAAGUUUUCUGUUUUAUUUUUAUUUUGGUUGAUUUUCAAAUGUCCAACAGUGUAGUUGUGUUUGUAAGUGUGAAUAAUAAAGAUUUCAAGAUGAA